AUGUCGUCGAUCCCGCAUUCACGUAUCGUCAACCUAUCACAGCCUAUCACAACUUCUCGCGUUAUGGACCCGACAUUGUCCAAGAUCCUAGGCCAAUCUUGGCUGCUUGACGUCCUCGAUGUUUGGCCAAGCAUGAUCUCUUGUGUCCAGCAUUCAAGUCCAGGCAGAACUCUGGGCAUUGAGCUCACCGAAAAAGAGAUAUAUAGACGACUGUUUCACACACGGACACACGACGGUUGUCUAGUAUUCCUCGAAGCUUCAGCAGACCAGAUGACGAGCACGCCAGAGAAAUCGCCCUUGAGCCCCGAUGGCGAGGUGCCAGCUCCUCAACAAGCUGAGAAAGAGAAACAGCCCGAAGGUAGCAUCAAGGACUAUUUUCGCAUCUUUCAGUAUGCCGACGGCUAUGACUGGGUGUUGAAUGCGAUUGCGCUCAUUAACAGCAUUGCUUCGGGGGCAACACUUCCCUUGAUGACCUUGGUCUUUGGCACCUUUACAACCAAGUUCAACAACUUCGCCAGUGGCACGUCAACACCACAACAGUUCAGGGACGACGUGGACCAUUUUGUCCUGUGGUUCAUCUACCUCUUCAUAGGUAAAUUCGGGACAACCUAUAUAUCAACCGCGACCAUUAGCAUCUCGGCAAUACGCACCACCCGCACUUUCCGGAAGAAAUUUCUUGAAGCUACUCUACGGCAGGAGAUCUGGCAUUUCGACAAGCAGACCAAUGGAGCGACAGCCACCCAAGUAACCACCAAUGGCAAUCGAAUUCAGACCGGGAUUGCUGAGAAGUUGGCCUUCGUCAUCUCUGGGCUUUCUACUUUUUUGGCCUCGUUCGUCGUAGCCCUGGCUGCGCAAUGGAAACUGGCCCUAAUCACCAUGUCUGUGAUACCCGCAAUUUUCAUCGUCACCGGCGUCUGCAUUGCGAUUGAUGCGGCACAGGAGGCGAGGGUCCUCCGCAUAUACUCUCGAGCCGCGGUCCUUGCCGAGGAGGUCUUCUCGUCAAUCCGAACAGUCCACGCUUUCUACGCGCAGAAGAAAAUGGCUCAGAAAUACGACGUUUUCCUGGAAGAAGCCCACAAAGAAGGCAACAAGAAGUCUCCCAACUAUGGAGUCCUCUUCUCGAUGCAGUUUUUCUUUGUCUAUGCGGGAAUCGCACUAUCGUUCUGGAAAGGAUUUAGAAUGUACCAGAGCGGCGAAGUUGAGAACGUUGGCGAUGUCUUCACGGUGGUUUUGUCGGUCAUUAUCGCUUCCUCGUCAAUCUCGACCAUUGCGCCGCAAAUUCAAGCUAUCACGAACGCAUCGUCUGCUGCUUCGGAACUGUUUAGUGUCAUGGACAAGCCAUCACUUCUAGACCCUCUCAAUCCUGGGGGCGUACAGCCAUCCUCAUGUGAAGGCCACAUCGAGAUCACAGACCUGGACUUUGCUUAUCCAUCCCGACCAGCUGCUCAGGUUCUACGCGGACUGACCGUCAGCAUCCCCGCCGGGAAGACCACGGCUCUAGUAGGAGCCUCAGGUUGUGGAAAGAGUACACUGGUGGGGCUCCUUGAGCGAUGGUAUCCUCCAACCGCAGGUCACAUUACACUUGAUGGAAUCAAGUUGGAUGAAUACAAUGUCAAGUGGUUGAGAAGCCAGAUUCGCCUUGUACAACAGGAACCAGUGUUGUUUCGAGGAACCGUGUUCGAGAAUGUCGCCAAAGGUUUUCUCGAUGAGCAACGAAAAUUCCCCCCUGAGAAGCAGAUGGAAUUGGUCCGAGAAGCCUGCAAGGCCAGUAAUGCCGAUGGCUUCAUUAACGAACUUCCUCAAGGCUACGAGACUCAGGUAGGGGAGCGGGCUGGGACACUCAGUGGAGGUCAAAAACAGCGGAUCGCCAUUGCUCGCGGCAUCAUCUCCGAUCCGAAGAUCCUCCUUCUCGACGAAGCCACAAGCGCUCUUGAUCCGACAGCUGAACGACUUGUCCAGGAUGCUCUGAAUCGGGUGUCGAAACACCGGACCACCCUGGUCAUUGCACACAAACUAGCGACUGUGAAGGCCGCCGACAACAUCGUGGUCAUGUCCCACGGUCAGAUAGUUGAACAAGGUACCCACCAGCAACUGCUCGAUCUCAACGGUCAUUACGCAAGGUUGGUUCGAGCUCAGGAUCUCGGUGCUGCCGAAGAGCAUGAGUCCAGCAAGCUUUUGAGCGAGAAACAGACCAUCAAUGUGACGGGAGAAGGGUUGGGGCUUCAACGAACAAUCACCGCUGCGGCAUCUGAGGGCGGCAACGCGGAAAGACGGACCAGCCCUGUCGGAACUCUCAACUACUCGCUCUUGCGAUGUAUCUACAUCAUGUUCUGUGAGCAAAAGUCACUGUACUGGUGCUUGGGAAUCUCCGCCUUUGCUGCUCUUCUCAGCGGCGCGACGUACCCGGCCCAGGCCGUCCUUUUCUCCAAGCUCUUGACAAUCUUCCAGUUGACAGGCAAGGCAGCCCGCGACCGAGCCGAUAUCUUUGCGUUGAUGUUCUUCGUGGUCGCGAUCGGCAACCUGGUGGCUUACUUUGUGAUAGGGUGGUUAACCAACAUCAUUGGACAAACAGUCACUCAUCGCUAUCGGGCGGAAAUGUUUCAACGUGUGCUUGACCAGGACAUUGAGUUCUUCGACCUUCCAGACAACACGUCGGGGGCCUUGACCUCGAAGCUCUCUACUCUUCCCACUCAACUGCAUGAACUGAUUUCGUUCAACAUCCUGCUCAUCUUCAUCAUCGUGGUCAACGUGCUGGCGAGCAGCAUUCUGGCUUUGGCUUAUGGUUGGAAACUAGGCCUAACCGUGAUAUUUGGGAUGCUUCCACCUCUGCUUUUGUCUGGCUAUCUUCGCAUCCGGCUGGAAACUAAGCUCGAGUCUCAGGUCUCGGACAAAUUUGCGGAAAGUGGCGGGUUGGCCAACGAAGCCGUCUCAUCGAUUCGAACUGUGGCUUCGUUGACCCUUGAAGCCCAUGUCCUGGAGGAGUACUCGCAAAUGCUCAGCAGCAUCGUUUUGAAGUCGACCCGGGCAUUGGUGUGGACAAUGUUCUGGUAUGCUCUGUCGCAGUCGAUCGUGUUCUUGGCCAUGGCUCUUGGUUUCUGGUACGGAAGUAGGUUGUUGGCGUCAGGAGAGUACACUACCACACAAUUCUACACCAUCUAUAUCGGGGUGCUCUUUGCGGGCCAAGCAGCGGCUGAAAUCUUUGGGUAUACGACUUCCAUCACCAAAGCUCGAAGCGCUGCCAACUACAUACUCUGGCUGAGGACGUUGAAGCCGACCAUCACGGAGACGGAAGCCAACCAAAACGAGGGGCCCGAAGGAGAUGGACCUGUUGAUUUUGAAGAUGUCGAGUUCCGCUACCGCCAGAGAGAGACGUCGCGGGUGAUUCGGGGCAUCUCGAUGAGCAUCAAGCCGGGACAGUUUGCAGCUUUUGUUGGCGCGUCAGGCUGCGGCAAGUCGACUCUUGUGGCUCUUCUGGAGAGAUUCUACGAUCCCACAUCGGGUCGGAUCUGUUUCUCACACAAGGACAUUGCGGCCAUGUCACCCCGACUCUACCGCGGACACAUGUCUCUCGUGCAGCAAGAACCGACAUUGUACCAGGGCUCCGUCCGCGACAACGUUUCUCUUGGCCUCGACUUUGAACCCUCUGAGGACCAGAUUCAGGAGGCAUGCCGUAAAGCCAACGCCCUGGACUUUGUCAUUUCCCUUCCCGAGGGGUUUGACACGCCGUGCGGAUCGCGAGGGACGCAGCUGUCGGGCGGACAGAGACAGCGGAUCGCGAUCGCGCGGGCUCUGAUCCGGAACCCCAAGCUCCUCCUGCUCGACGAGGCCACCAGCGCCCUGGACACGCUGUCGGAGAGGCUGGUACAAGCCGCGCUAGAUGAGGCCGCCAUGUCGCGGACCACGAUUGCCGUGGCGCACCGACUGUCCACCAUCCGCGAGGCCGACGUGAUUUUUGUUAUUGCAAACGGCAAGAUUGCAGAGAUGGGCACGCACGCCGAGUUGCAGCAGUUGAAGGGCCGGUACUAUGAGAUGUGUCUGGCGCAGUCGUUGGACAGGGCUUAG